AUGUCACCAAAUAUCUCCUCAGCCAAGGGGCUGAGUCAAGGAGCUGAUGUGAAUAAGCAAAGUAGCGACGGUAUCACUGCAUUACACCAUGCUGCCUUCAAAGGUCAUCUUGAUGUCAUCAAAUAUCUCCGAAGUCAAGGAGGUGAUGUGAAUAAGCAAAGUAACAACGGUUUAACUACAUUACACGUUGCUGCCUUCAGUGGCCAUCUUGAUGUCACUAAAUAUAUCAUCAGGCACGGAGCUGCUGAGGUGAAUAAGGAAGAUAAAGACGGUGAAACUGCCUUACACCAAGCUGCCUUCAAUGGUCAUCUUGAUGUCACCAAAUAUCUCCUCAGUCAAGGAGGUGAUGUGAAAAAGGAAAGUAACAUCGGUUUCACUGCAUUACACGGUGCUUCUCAAAAUGGUCAUCUUGAUGUCACCAAAUAUCUCAUCAAUCAAGGAGUUGAUAUGAAUAGCGGAGUAAAUAACGGUAGAACUGCAUUACACCUUGCUGCUCAGGUCGGUCAUCUUGAUGUCACCAAAUAUCUCCUCAGCCAAGGGGCUGAGGUCGGUCAUCUUGAUGUCACCAAUUAUCUCCUCAGCCAAGGUGCUGAAGUGAAUAAGGAAGGUAAUGACGGUUCCACUGCAUUACACCUUGCUGCUCAGAAUGGUCACCUUGAUAUCAUCAAAUAUCUCCUCAGUCAAGGAGCUGAUGUGAAUAAGCAAAGUAACGACGGUAUCACUGCAUUACACCAUGCUGCCUUCAAUGGUCAUCUUGAUGUCAUCAAAUAUCUCACCAGUCAAGGAGGUGAUGUGAAUAAGCAAAGUAACAACGGUUUAACUACAUUACACGUUGCUGCCUUCAGUGGCCAUCUUGAUGUCAUCAAAUAUCUCACCAGUCAAGGAGGUGAUGUGAAUAAGCAAAGUAACAACGGUUUAACUACAUUACACGUUGCUGCUCGGGAAGGUCAUCUUGAUGUCACCAAAUAUCUCCUCAGCCAAGGGGCUGAAGUGAAUAAGGAAGAUAAUGACGGUGAAACUGCAUUACACCUUGCUUCUAAGAAGGGUCACCUUGAUGUCACCAAAUAUCUCUUCAGUCAAGGAGCUAAUAUGAAUAACGGAGCGAUCAAGGUCCCUCUGGCUGAGAACACUGAAGACCCAACCCUUUCUAUACUCAAACUGUUUACAUGA